CCAGCGAAGAGGCAUUAUACCACCGCUCCGCGGCUGAAUUUACGUGUGAAGUGUAUGGCGUAGCUCAGGAAGCUAGCUCUGUGCGAUUUUGUCAUCCAUUUGAGGAGCCCCUGAUGCCUAGCGAGCCGGCCAGAAGUGCUCGGUUGGAACGCUAAUGUUCGUUAGGCCUGUGCAGGCCACACUGAAUAGAUUCAUCAGAUAGGUUCUACAGUUUGUGUAGUAUCAUCUUCUUUUCUAAAAAGCAGUCCGUCAUCGUUUUUGUGCUCUUUCAUCGCCAUCAAUGAAUCGGUUGUCGAGGGGCUGAGCGUGUGCCGCACGGGGAUUUUACCCGGGAAGUUUGGUCGAAAUUGUCGUCGAGAACACCCCGAGCGGGUGCAAUAUACCGGUGGAAAAUGUCAUAUUUUAGUUCUUCGCUAAGAAGUCUAUGGAGGUGGUCGGUGUGUGUAUUAUUCCUCCUAGUUAUAGUUCAGUCUAGUAUAGCACAAGAGAGACGAUGUGAUGAAACAUGUAGACGGUGUAACUGCAAAGGAAGAAAAGGAUCAAGGGGCCCUCCAGGAUUCUUAGGAAACAAGGGAAAUCCAGGCCCACCUGGUCCAGAUGGAGAUCAAGGAGUUCCUGGUCUAAAGGGAGAUUCAGGAUUCCCAGGUGAACCAGGUGCUAGGGGACCCAAAGGAGAUCCUGGUCCAUUAGGUAUACCAGGUUUUUCAGGUCAUAAAGGCUACACAGGCACCCCAGGCCCACAUGGUGUUCAAGGUACUCCGGGUAUCCCAGGAUGCAACGGCAGUCAGGGAGAACCAGGACCACAGGGUCCAGGACUGAUUGGACCUCCAGGAGAUAAGGGUUUGCCUGGAUUCGAAGGAAGGCCUGGCAUCCCGGGUCUGUUCACACCGUCACCCAGAGGGGAUCCUGGUGAAGACGGUCUACCUGGCCAAGAUGGUAGACGUGGUCCUGAUGGUCGUCGAGGAAACCCGGGACCUAAAGGAGAGAUGGGGGAAAAGGGACGACAGGGUAUGAUUGGAGAAUCAGGACAAAAGGGGGAACCUGCCAUCUACACAGAUGAGGCAAAGGGAGAGAAGGGUGAUCAAGGAGAGCUGGGUCCUCCAGGUCCAAGAUACUUUGAAACAAAUCCUCCAGGCGAUUCGGUCAAAGGACAAAAAGGAGAGAAAGGAUAUAAGGGAGAGCCUGGACGCCAAGGCAAUUUUGGAAUGAGGGGUGAAACGGGAAUGGUGGGUAAUAUUGGAUUUCCCGGCGAAUUUGGAGAAGGAGGAAUACGUGGCAUUGGUGGAGACAGGGGAUCUCCUGGUUUCCCCGGUAACCCUGGUAUUCAAGGUGACAGGGGAAUGAAAGGAGCAGACGGACCUCAAGGAAAUCAAGGAUACGAAGGCUAUCCGGGCCCCAUAGGAGACUAUGGAGAGGAUGGUGAUCCCGGUCCCAUGCCUGAAGUGCCUGACAUUCCGAUAGCUGUUGGUCCUCCGGGGGAUCCAGGACCACCUGGUAACCCAGGACCUCGGGGCUUUCAAGGGCUAGAUGGGAACUUUGGAGAUCAGGGGCAGCCUGGUUACCCUGGACCUAUGGGAGUUCCAGGGCCACGAGGCCAAGAAGGAAUUCCAGGAGAUGGACGAGACGGGGAAAAAGGAGAACAAGGAGUACCAGGUAUCCCAGGUUUCCAGGGUGACGUCGGUGACCAGGGACCAGAUGGGAACCGAGGAGAGCCUGGCGAGAAGGGCCAAAUGGGAGAGUCUAUCCCUGGACCACCUGGUAUGGAUGGGUCAAGAGGACGGCCUGGUCUGAGGGGUGUCAAAGGAGCCCGGGGACCACCCGGAAGGGAAGGACCCGCUGGACCAGCGAGGGCUGGUAAUCUGAGUUUUCAAGGAAUUCCAGGAGAUCCAGGAAAUCCUGGAUUGAAGGGGUACAAAGGUCUUAUAGGACCCCCAGGAAGGGACGGCCGUCCAGGAGGGCAGGGUCAGCUUGGAGGUAUUUGCCCCUUCUGUCCCCCAGGGGUCAAAGGUUAUCAGGGAGACCAGGGCUUUCCUGGAGAUCCUGGUCCUCCAGGGCGGGACGGGGCUCCAGGUGUGGAAGGACUCAAAGGAUAUGCCGGUGAAGUUGGUUUCCCAGGCUUGGAUGGAAUCAACGGAAACCCUGGUCCAUUUGGUCCGAGUGGAUUUGAUGGAAUUCCAGGACCUAAGGGUGAAAAAGGCAGAAGAGGAGUUAACACCAGAGGUCGUCAAGGAGAUAAAGGAGUUCGAGGACCAAAAGGAGCGACCGGAAUACCUGGAGUUAUGGGAGAUCAGAUCCGAACAGUGCCUUUGGGCGUUAAUCUGACUGGGCAACCAGGCGAUCAAGGUCCACAAGGUCCAAGAGGCAGAGACGGUCUUCCAGGACAGUUAGGGUACCAAGGAGAUCCUGGCUUUCAAACAACUGGUCCAAAAGGUGACAGGGGCAGACCAGGAGAUCCUGGACCACCUGGUGAAGAUGGACCAAAGGGGUACCCAGGACCUAAUGCAAUUCCCCCACUUGAGCCUGAUGGAUUCCAACCAGGACGGUAUGGAGACCCUGGACCUCGUGGACCAGACGGCCCUCCAGGCCGGCAAGGUUUUGAUGGAGAGCCAGGACCACCCGGACUUCCAGGAUUUGAGGGCUUCCCGGGUAACAGUGGAGAUCCUGGUCCAGUAGGACGUUCAACAUUUGGCCCUAAAGGAUUCCCGGGUAUACGAGGAGACAAAGGACAGGAAGGACCCAUCGGACAGAUCGGAGACAUUGGCCCACCAGGAGUGCCGGGAGCCUACGGGCAGUAUGGUCCUAAGGGAGCUCCUGGAGAUGCAGGACCCGAUGGGUUCUCUGGAACGUCGGGUCCCCAGGGUCUUCCGGGCCCUCCCGGGGUGGCGGGAAUACAAGGAGAGAAAGGUCUACCAGGUUCACCAGGUAUGUCUGGUUUCCCUGGUUUUGAUGGACAGCCUGGUGAACGAGGAGAUUACGGACCAGAUGGAGUCCCUGGAACUCGUGGUGAGAGGGGAGAAAACACCCAAGGUCCCAUCGGGUUCCCUGGUGGACCAGGUCCCGAUGGCAGGACGGGUCGCAAAGGUCAGCCUGGGCCAGCAGGUCUAAAGGGAGAACAAGGUUUCACAGGAGGUUUUGGCCUUCGUGGAGAUUUAGGAGAGCCAGGAGCACCAGGACUUCCAGGAAGGAAGGGAUUCAAUGCAUAUGAUGGCAGGCCUGGAAGACCAGGUCCUCCAGGACUCCAAGGUCCUCGUGGUGAGAUUGGAGAUGCAGGACCAAGCGGAGUGAAUGGUCCUCCCGGACCACCAGGAAUCAUUGGAGUAAGAGGUCUACCUGGAGACGCUGGAGAUAUAGGACCAAGUGGAUUCCCAGGAUUUCAAGGAAGACCAGGACAGAAUGGAAUGUUUGGAAAUCGAGGACCGAGGGGAUUUCCCGGAGAACCCGGUGAUCCAGGUUUCCCAGGAUUCCAAGGAAUGCAAGGUGUCCCCGGAUUUGAUGGAAACCCUGGACCAGAGGGGAACAUCGGAAACCCUGGUCCAAGUGGUCGAGUGGGAGAACCUGGUAAUCCUGGACCUGAUGGGUUUUCAGGAGGACCAGGUCUGCAAGGAGAAAUUGGAGAGAGGGGCCAGAUGGGUGGUAAUGGAUACCUAGGACCUCCUGGAUCUGACGGAGAUCCAGGACCUAGAGGAGACCUCGGAACACCAGGCUUACCUGGAAACCCUGGUCUUGUUGGACUUCCUGGCAGACGAGGAGAAACUGGUCCAGAUGGCCCAGUAGGACAACCUGGACCUCCUGGAAUCAAGGGCUACCCUGGAAACCCAGGACGUAAUGGUUUCUCAGGUCUUCCUGGACAGAAGGGAGAGAAAGGAGAUGAACCAGACGUUGUACCUCCAGAAGUGCUUGUCGGAGAAAAGGGAUUCCAAGGAGAGCCUGGACCAAGUGGACUGAUAGGGCAAGUGGGAGAGCCUGGCCCGCCAGGAGAGAAAGGAUUCCCCGGUCGGAGAGGACUGGCUGGUGAAGAUGGCCCUCCUGGGCCAGAAGGAGAACCGGGAUUACCAGGGCUAGUUGGAUUCCGAGGUGCGCCAGGCGAAGACGGACCAAAAGGAGGACCAGGCCUCAUUGGCGAACAAGGCGAAGCAGGGUUGAAAGGUUUCCCAGGUUAUGAUGGUAUCCCAGGUCAGAAGGGUAACCCAGGACGUAACGGCUUCCCAGGAUUCCCCGGUGAACCAGGAGACGCAGGAGAGAAAGGAACCCCGGGUUCUCGUGGCUUGAAGGGAUACCCUGGUCUGAAGGGAAACCAAGGAUUGCCCGCUCCAGAGGGAGGCACUGGAGCACCAGGAACCCCAGGGACACCAGGAGGGCCAGGAGAUAUAGGAAUACCUGGUAGGCCUGGAGGUCCAGGUCCUGUAGGUUUUGCAGGAUUGAAGGGAGAACCUGGUGAGCCUGGUCCAAUGGGUCCCAGACCAAGAGAUCCUGAACCCGGUCCUCAAGGAAUGCAAGGAGUUCCAGGAAUACCUGGAUUAAGAGGUUACAAAGGAUUUGCUGGACCGUACGGAGAUGCUGGUUCUAUUGGGGAUCAAGGAGAAAAGGGAAGACCAGGAAACUUUGGACUAAAAGGAGCUCCAGGACCACCAGGUCAGCCAGGAUUCAAUGGAGAUAAGGGAGACAGAGGAGAUCCUGGUAUUGCUGUCAAGGGUGUGAAAGGUGACCCAGGUGAUCCAGGCUACGAAGGCUUCCCUGGAAGGAUGGGUCUACCCGGCAUAGAUGGGCCAGAAGGACCUCUUGGACCUAAAGGAAGGCCAGGUCCGUUUGGAGAUUUUGGUCCGUCUGGUCUACCAGGGCGCAACGGACAGCCUGGAGCACCCGGUUUCCCAGGAGACCCAGGAGAGAACGGUUAUGGAGGACGUCCUGGAACACCUGGUCCUAAGGGAAUGGAAGGAAACAUUGGUGUUGUGCCCCACCGAGGUCAUUUCAUCACCCGCCACAGUCAAUCCAGGAAUGUCCCCAACUGUCCCGCGGGCACCGUGGAGCUCUGGAGAGGCUUCAGUAUCCUAUUCUCCAUGGGUAAUGGACACUCUCACCAUCAGGAUCUAGGUGAUGCUGGUUCUUGCUUGCAACGCUUCAGCACCAUGCCUUUCCUCUUCUGCAACUUCAACAACGUCUGCAACUAUGCCAACCGCAACGACCGUUCCUUCUGGCUCACGACCAACGAGCCGCUUCCCAUGAUGCCUGUAAUGAACCAGGCCAUCGACCCUUACAUCAGUCGGUGCACGGUGUGCGAGGCUCCUACUCAAUCCAUUGCGGUUCACAGUCAGUCGCAGGAGAUACCGCAAUGUCCUGGAGGCUGGAGGAGCCUCUGGACUGGGUACAGUUUCUCUAUGUACACAGCAGCUUCUGAAGGAGGCGGCCAAGGCCUUGAAUCGGUCGGCUCCUGCCUGGAGAACUUCCGUGCCACGCCUUUCAUCGAGUGCAAUGGCAGAGGUAACUGUCACUUCUUCUCAAACAAAUACAGCUUCUGGUUAACGGUCAUCGAUGAGGAAGACCAGUUUGCCAUUCCCAGGAAACGUACCAUCAAAUCGGGCCAGCUCCAGUCUGUCGUCGGCCGCUGCAGAGUGUGCCUUAAAAUCAACUAAAUUGGUCUCUUUCUACAAUACUCCAGUCAAAUAAU